AUGAACUACAAAAAAGAGUCUUGCGCAGAAUUUAAGGUACAUCGGAAGAACAUCUCUAGAAAUAAUAGUAGUAAUAAGAUGAUUGAACUGUGGUAUUUAUAUUUAUAUAAUCAUAAGAAAGGUUUAUUUUAUUUUAAUAUUGAUGAGAGUGAUAAUUAUAAUGGCUAUUAUUGUUCUGAUAAUUUUGUAGAGAUUUAUAAUAAGAUAAAAAAGAAUGAGUUGUGUCGGCAUGUAAUAAGUUUAAGUUCUGAAGAGUAUGCAAUUAAAAAAGAAGAAGAAGCUAAGAAUAAUUAUAUAAAUAUAAAAGAAGAUAUAUAUUAUAAUAGUGAUAUAGAACCAUAUGUUAAUGAUAAAAGAUGUUUUAAUUUUGACUUAAUAAGUUCUGAAUAUAUUUAUGAUCGUAAUAUAAGAAAUAAUAAAUGUUUUUGUUCUGAACAGAAUAAAUCGUUUAACAGUUUAUUGUAUUUAAAUAAUCACUUAUCAUAUUUUUAUGGAAAUAAAAUGGAAUACAUUGAAAAUUUUUUAGAAGAUUAUAAUAUGAAAAGAUUUGAAGAUGUUUGUAAUAGAGGUAUUUUAAAUAAUUUUAAAUGUGAUAUAUAUGAAAUAGGUAUAUAUGAAGAAAAUGUGGUUUCUUUUAAAUUACUUGAUUGUUAUAAUGGACAUGUUAUAAAAACUACAUAUUAUAUGAAUGAUGAUUUAAUAUUUAAGGAAAUACAAAACUUGUUAAAUAAAAUGUAUCCACUGAAACAUAUUUUUAAUAAUGAUAAUGUUGUAAAAAAAUAUCAGAAAAAAGUAUCUGAAAAUUUGAAAAUGGAAGAAUCUUUAAAAUUUGGCAUUGUACUUGAUUUUGAUUAUGUAAGAGAAUGUUUUGAAAAAACUAAAAAAAAAUGUAUGACAUUAUUAGAUUUCUUAAUAAUUUUGGAUAAAAUAUUGGAAAUCUUUAGACAAAACUGUGUCAUAAUGUUUCUGCAUGUAUGUAUUUUUAAUGAUAACGAUACAAAUAAAGAUAUUAAUAAUUAUAGAAAACGAUAUUCUUAUAUCUAUGAAGAAUUAAAAGAUACUCUUAAAUUAUUAGAACAAAAAGGUAUUCCUGUUGUUAUCAGAAUCAAUCCAUUUCAAUCUGUUAGUUUAUUAUUAAGUUCUAACGAUUUUUCUAAUCCAUUUAUACAAGAUGUAAAUGAUAUGUAUCUAAAUGAGCAAGUAGAUCAUAUUGUGUUGGUAACAAAUAAUUCGAAUCUAAUAUCUUAUUGUUAUAAUUUUGAUCAUAGAAUUAUUUAUUCUAUGAAAAAUAAUAAUGUUACAAGUAUUAAUAAUAGUAUAAUAAACAAACAAAUAUAUAUUGAUACUACAAAUGACAUAUCCAAUGAACAUCAUAAUGAUGAUGAUCAUCAUAAUAAUAAUAAUAAUAGCAACAUUAUUAUGUUUAAUAAACCUGUAAUUGUUAUCUCUUCUUUGAAUUCUUUACCCUUAAAAAAUAAUAAAAUACAUGAUGAUAUAACUCUUGACAAUUUCUGCUACAUGACCUACAUUAUUAAAACUUUGUAUUUUCGUUUUCAAUCUAGAAAUAUACUUAACAUGCUCAAAAAUAACGUGAACAAUAUUACUAAUUUGAUAAUAAAUCGGAUAGAUCAAAUGAAUAACACAAACCGCGUCAUCAAAAACAAAAUUAAUGUCCUCUUAUUAGAUGAUAUUCUUAAUAAAAUAUUACCUAGAAAGGAAAAUAAAAACAUGAGCAUUCAUCAUCUACUACAAAAGACAUAUUCUCCCUUAUAUUAUCCAAUUCAUUACUAUAUAAAAGAAAAAUGUAAAUAUAAAUAA